AUGGAGACAGGGACGCCUCGCCGUGCUGGCCGCCACCACGGCUGGCCUGCUGCGGUCUCCACCGACGGCGCCGCGCACACCUCCGCUCGCCAUCCUCCUCUCCACGGACAUGUACUCUGCGGCCUCAUCUGCCACCCCGAUAAGGAGCACGUUCUCUAUCCCCUGGGCUGUACUGUGGUCAUUCAAGAGCUGGAGAGUAAGAAACAGAAGUUUUUGCGUGGCCACACCGAUAACAUCUCCUGUGUCGUGGUCUCCAGGGACGGGGUGUAUGUUGCGUCCGGACAAGUCACUUUCAUGGGUUUCAAGGCGGACAUCAUUCUGUGGGACUUCGAGAAGAAGCAGUUACUUGCUCGGCUGUCGCUGCAUAAGGGGAGUAUCAAAGACCUGGCGUUUUCUCCCAACAGCCGUUACCUCGUGUCGCUAGGAGGCCAGGACGACGGCAGCGUGGUUGUGUGGGACGUUGCGAAGAGAGAGGGUGUCUGCGGGAGCCCUGCCUCGCCACGCCGCGCGGGGAAUGCAACCGUCGUGGUGUGCUCGAGCUGCAGAGAUGAAAUGUUUGUCACUGCUGGAAAUGGAACCCUUCGAGUAUGGGAACUGGAUCUAGCAGAUAAGAAAAUCCGAGCGACUGAAUGCCAUAUGGGGAAAGUGAAAAGAGAGAUGACGUGCAUUCAGAUGGCAGAUGAUGAUAGUGAUUUUUACGUUGGCACAUCAAGUGGUGAUAUCCUGCAAGUGGAUACAAACAACAAGGUGAUGACUAAAUACGGGCCCCAGAAGAAGAAGUUUAGCUUGGGAGUCACAGCUUUGCUUUUGCUGAAGACAGGAGAUUUAAUAGUCGGCACCGGAGGAGGGGUUGUAGCUCUCUGUAAAGGCUCAAGCUACCGAGUAAUGAAGCAAAUUCAGGUUCAAGGUGGUGUCACUUCCCUGACGUGCAGAGGUCAGGGUCACCAGUUCUUUGUAGGGACAAAUAAGUGCCAGAUUUAUCGAAUCAACUACACGGCGUUUGAAGAGGAGCUGAUCGCUGCCUGUCAUACCGAAGCCAUCCACGACAUCGUUUUUCCUUUUGGCUCUUCCAAAGUGUUCGCUACCUGCUCCAAAAAUGAUAUUCGAGUGUGGCACACCCCAGCAAACAGGGAGCUGCUGCGCAUCCCAGUCCCGAACAUGACCUGCUAUGCCAUAGAGAUUAUGAGGGAUGGCGGGAGCAUCAUUUCAGCUUGGAACGACGGGAAGAUCCGCGCCUUCACACCAGAGACUGGCCGGCUGAUGUACGUGAUUAACCAUGCCCAUAGCAUGGGAGUGACGGCAAUUGCUGCUACAAGUGACUCUAAACGGAUUGUUAGCGGGGGAGGUGAAGGGCAGGUGAGGAUCUGGGAGAUUGGUGAGAAGACUCAAAAACUGGUGGAGGUUCUGAAGGAGCACGUAUGUGCUGUGUCCUGCAUUAAGGUUAAGAAUAACGAUGAAGAGUGUGUCACAACCAGUCUCGACAGAACGUGCAUCAUCUGGGAUAUUGUGCGUUUCGUAAGAAAACAAAUGUUUCUAGCCAACACAUUGUUCAAGUGUGCGUGUUACCAUCCUGAAGGGUACCAGGUAAUCACCAGCGGAACAGACAGAAAGAUUGCCUACUGGGAAGUGUUUGACGGCUCCGCAAUCAGGGAAGUGGAAGGCUCUGCAUCGGGUACCAUCAAUGGGAUGGACAUCACUUCAGAUGGGGUGUACUUUGUCACGGGUGGUGAAGACCAUCUGGUGAAAGUGUGGAACUAUGACGAGGGUGCAGUGACUCAUGUUGGCGUGGGCCACAGUGGCACCAUCACCCGUCUCAAGAUAUGCCCUGAGAAGAAGCACAUCGUGAGUGUGAGCGCAGACGGUGCCAUCCUGCUCUGGAAUUACCCAGACUUGCACUAA